GCGGAGUCGGGUCCGGGGAGAAGCCGGAGCGCGGGAACUAGCGUCGAGGAGACAUGGCCAACCAACUGAGCGAAGGGGCCAUUGUGGCCAUCAUGCAGCAGGGAGAUACAUCCAUAAAACCUGUCCUCCAAGUCAUUAACAUCCGUCCCAUUGUCACGGGGAACAGUCCCCCCCGCUACCGGCUGCUGAUGAGCGACGGCGUGAAUACCCUGUCCUCGUUCAUGUUGGCCACACAGUUGAACCCUCUAGUGGAAGAAGAACAGUUGUCCAGCAACUGUAUUUGCCAGAUUAACCGGUUUAUUGUGAACACGCUCAGAGAUGGAAGGAAAGUUGUUAUCUUGAUGGAGUUGGACGUUUUGAAGUUGGCUGAAGCAGUAGGGAUAAAGAUUGGCAAUCCGGUACCUUACAAUGAAGGUCAUGGGCAGCAGCAGCAGCAAGUAGUCCCUGCUCCUGUCUCAGCAACCAGUCCACCAACCAGCAAACCCCAGCAACAGAAUGGGAGUUCAGGAAUGGGUUCCACUGCACCUAAGGCUUACGGUGCCUCCAAGACCUUUGGAAAACCUGGUGGGGGUUCCAGUCUGGGGAGCACUCCUGGGGGCACACAGGCCAAGGUGGUGCCCAUUGCCAGCCUUACUCCUUACCAGUCCAAGUGGACUAUUUGCGCUCGUGUUACCAACAAGAGUCAGAUCCGAACCUGGAGCAAUUCUCGAGGGGAAGGAAAGCUCUUCUCUAUAGAAAUGGUUGAUGAAAGCGGUGAAAUCCGAGCCACCGCUUUCAAUGAGCAAGUGGACAAGUUCUUCCCCUUGAUUGAAGUGAACAAGGUCUAUUAUUUCGCGAAAGGCACCCUGAAGAUCGCUAAUAAACAAUUCACAGCUAUUAAAAACGACUAUGAGAUGACCUUCAACAAUGAGACGUCUGUCCUGCCCUGUGAAGAUGACCAUCACUUACCCACAGUUCAGUUUGAUUUCACAGGGAUUGGGGACCUAGAGAGCAAGCCCAAAGACUCACUUGUAGACAUCAUUGGGGUCUGCAAGAGCUACGAAGACGCUAUGAAAAUCACAGUGAGGUCCAACAACAGAGAGAUCUCGAAGAGAAAUAUCUACUUGAUGGACAUGUCCGGGAAGGUGGUGUCUGCUACUCUGUGGGGAGAAGAUGCAGAUAGAUUUGAUGGUUCUCGACAGCCCGUGAUGGCUAUCAAAGGAGCCAGAGUGUCUGAUUUUGGUGGACGGAGCCUCUCGGUGCUGUCUUCAAGCACUGUCAUUGUGAAUCCCGAUAUCCCAGAGGCCUAUAAGCUUCGUGGAUGGUUUGACUCAGAAGGACAAGCCUUAGAUGGUGUCUCCAUCUCUGAUCUAAAGAGUGGAGGCGUCGGCGGGAGCAACACCAACUGGAAAACCCUCUAUGAAGUCAAGUCGGAGAACCUGGGCCAGGGCGACAAGGCGGACUACUUCAGCACCGUGGCCACCGUGGUGUAUCUUCGCAAGGAGAGCUGCAUGUACCAGGCCUGCCCGACUCAGGACUGCAACAAGAAGGUGAUUGACCAGCAGAACGGCCUGUACCGCUGUGAGAAGUGUGACAGCGAGUUUCCCAACUUUAAGUACCGCCUGAUCCUGUCGGCAAAUAUUGCAGAUUUCCUAGAGAACCAGUGGGUGACGUGUUUCCAGGAGACUGCGGAGGCCAUCCUUGGACAAAGCUCUGCGUACCUUGGGGAGUUGAAAGAGAAGAAUGAACAGGCGUUUGAGGAAGCGUUCCAGAAUGCCAACUUCCGGUCGUUCACAUUCAGGAUCAGGGUCAAACUGGAGACCUACAACGUGAGUGCGGUCGGUGGCGGUCACGCUGGGUGCUGCAGAGGGUGUGUGGGGGGCAGUUGCUGGUUGUCACCCUGCCAGCACCGUGACAGUCGGUGCUUUCCUGUGCCCGGCCCAGUCCUGAGCUCAGUGAAGCCCUCCAUCACUGAGGUACAGGGAGACGAGCGGUUUCACCCUGUGUUUGGGGCUGGAAGGCUGCACGGCCUCCUUAGCUCAGAUCUCUUUUAUUUUAAUUUGUCUUUGUUCUGACAGAAAUGGGUAAUG